GGAUUGGGAGCGUGAGCUUGUGGGUCCGCCCGCGGGCCUGGAGGGCACGCACGCCGGGGACUCGGCGGUGUCGGCUCGCGGCCAGCUUCAGAUAGACGAAGUCCUAGUUGUGGGGGAACCGUUACCUUUGAACGCACAGGCUGCACCUUGUUUUGCGAACUCUGUGGGCGUGUAGGAGCAGGGCAAUGGACUCGGUGAUGUCUCCCAGUUCAUGGUGGUCGUCUCAGUUACGUAGCAGCCGGCUGGACGAAGGCCCCCUACCGGGGCCGACCUCCCGAGCGGCCUGUGGUCGGAAAGCCUCAGCCUUUGCUCAUGGAGCUUGGGCUGAGCGCGGGUGCCGGGCCGCCGGCCGCUGGUUCCCUUGAACGCAUCGCCCCUUGGUCUGACAUCCCCCGCCAAACAGGAGAGGCCUGAUUCGAUUUAUUUCACAGGACACUUACACCAUAUGGGAACUAAAGAAGAAUUUGUUAAAGUCAGAAAGAAGGACCUGGAACGACUGACAACUGAAGUGAUGCAAAUACGGGACUUCUUACCCAGAAUACUAAACGGGGAAGUGCUGGAAAGCGUCCAGAGAUUAAAGAUUGUAGAAAAAAACCUGGAAAGGAAAGAGCAAGAGUUAGAGCAACUGAGAAUGGAUUGUGAGCACUUCAAAGCCCGCCUGGAGUCUGUGCAAGAGGACAGCGUGAGAGAGAAGAAGGAGAAACUGGCUCUUCGACAGCAGCUGAAUGAAGCAAAGCAGCACCUCCUGCAGCAGGCAGAGUACUGUACAGAAAUGGGCGCAGCAGCCUGUACCAUUUUGUGGGGCGUCUCCAGCAGUGAGGACGCGGUCAAAGCCAUUCUGGGAGGGGAUAAAGCUUUGAAGUUUUUCAACAUCACUGGUCAAACAAUGGAGAGUUUUGUGAAGUCACUGGAUGGGGAUGUCAAGGAGCUGGAUUCUGAUGAAAAUCAGUUUGUUUUUGCUUUGGCUGGAAUCGUAACAAAUGUAGCUGCCAUAGCAAGUGGUCGUGAAUUCCUGGUUAACUCAAGUCGGGUGCUCUUGGACACCAUACUGCAGCUUCUGGGAGACUUGAAACCGGGACAGUGCACCAAACUCAAAGUGUUAAUGCUGAUGUCCCUGUACAACGUGAGCAUCAAUUUGAAAGGCUUGAAGUACAUUAGUGAGAGUCCAGGAUUCAUCCCUUUGUUGUGGUGGCUUCUGAGCGAUCCAGACACAGAGGUGUGUCUUCAUGCGCUGCGCCUUGUCCAGUCUGUGGUUCUGGAGCCAGAAGUCUUCUCCAGGUCGGCCUCAGAGUUCCGGAGUUCCCUGCCCCUGCAGCGCAUCCAGGCCAUGGCCAAGAGCCGCAACCCUCACCUGCAGGCCGUGGCCCAGGAGCUCCUGGAGGACCUGCGCACUCUGGAGUGUGAUGCGUAGGGGUGCUCAGCGCCGGCAUCUUCUCCCUGGGUCCCCACUUUGUCUUCUAAAGCCACCAGCCGUGUGCCAUGUGUUACAGAUAGCAAAUGUGAUGCCUAGAGAUGGCUGUGUAUUGAGACGUAUCUACCUGACUUGCUCCUGGAAGUGAACGUGCUUGUGGGUGGUUGGUUAAUCUUGCCAGAGGUGAGCUUGAGAAAGGGUCCAUUCUUCCGUGAAGACCCAUGUCAGCUGCAUCCGGAAGAGGGCCUUCUCAGAGUGGCUCCUGCUGCCCAGGAGACCCUGAGACCUGUCGGUUCCCCCCUAAAAGCGGAAGGUUGAAUAACCGCCUACCCCGUUGGUCAGCGUUUUCCUGAGAUACGUUUCUUGAAAAACAAUUCAUUCGCUCUCUAAUAAUUAUAAUUAAUCCCCCCCCAGCACCCAGUUCAAGUUUACCUUUAAAUCUUUCGGUGAACCUGCUAUUU